CCCACUCACCAUCACUCUUCAUUCCAAACCCACAUUUUAAAAUUUUGAUCAUCAUGGCCUGUGAAAAUGACAAAAAAGGCCACCUAUUACUUGCCCUAGGGCUAGUGCUCUGCGUCACCCUGACCUUCUUCCCAAGGGUGACCGAAGGGAGGGUGCCCUUUGCAUGCGACCCUAGGAACGGGCUCACGAGGGGGUUCAAGUUCUGCAACACGCACGUGCCGAUCCACGUGAGGGUGCAGGACCUCAUAGCGAGGCUCACAUUGCCGGAAAAAAUUAGGCUCGUCGUUAACAAUGCCAUCGCCGUGCCCAGGCUCGGCAUCCAAGGAUACGAGUGGUGGUCGGAGGCGCUCCACGGCGUCUCCAAUGUGGGCCCCGGCACCAAGUUCGGUGGGGCCUUCCCUGGCGCCACCAUGUUCCCUCAAGUCAUCUCAACCGCUGCUUCGUUUAAUCAGUCGCUGUGGCAGGAAAUUGGACGGGUGGUGUCUGAUGAAGCAAGAGCAAUGUACAACGGUGGACAGGCUGGUUUGACGUAUUGGAGUCCUAAUGUGAACAUUUUCCGUGACCCACGGUGGGGCCGUGGCCAAGAGACUCCCGGCGAGGACCCGACAUUGGCCGCAAAAUACGCCGCCAGCUAUGUCAAAGGACUCCAAGGCGAUGGUGCCGGAAAUCGCCUCAAGGUUGCUGCUUGUUGUAAACACUACACUGCCUAUGAUCUUGAUAAUUGGAAUGGUGUGGACAGGUUUCAUUUCAACGCCAAGGUGAGUAAACAGGAUUUGGAGGACACUUAUGAUGUACCAUUUAAAGCGUGCGUGUUGGAAGGGCAAGUGGCGAGUGUGAUGUGCUCCUACAAUCAGGUGAAUGGCAAGCCCACGUGUGCUGACCCUGAUCUCCUUCGCAACACUAUUCGUGGCCAAUGGGGCCUCAAUGGGUAUAUUGUUUCGGACUGUGACUCGGUUGGAGUUUUCUUUGACAAUCAACACUACACAAGAACACCUGAGGAGGCAGCUGCUGAGGCCAUCAAAGCUGGCCUGGACUUGGAUUGUGGCCCAUUCUUGGCUAUCCACACUGAUUCUGCCAUUAGGAAGGGACUCAUUUCAGAAAAUGAUCUUAACCUUGCAUUGGCCAACCUUAUUACAGUCCAAAUGAGAUUGGGUAUGUUCGACGGUGAACCAUCAACCCAACCAUUCGGAAACUUGGGCCCAAGAGAUGUUUGCACCCCAGCCCAUCAACAAUUGGCCCUUGAAGCAGCUAGAGAGAGUAUAGUCUUGCUACAAAAUAAAGGAAACUCCCUACCACUAUCCCCUUCAAGACUUCGUAUCGUAGGAGUCAUUGGACCCAAUACGGAUGCUACCGUUACAAUGAUCGGAAACUAUGCUGGUGUGGCAUGUGGUUAUACCACCCCUUUGCAAGGAAUUGCGAGGUAUGUAAAGACGGCUCAUCAAGUAGGUUGUAGGGGUGUCGCUUGCAGGGGAAAUGAACUAUUUGGUGCCGCAGAGAUCAUAGCUAGGCAAGUUGAUGCGACUAUUCUAGUAAUGGGCCUUGACCAGACCAUAGAAGCGGAAACAAGAGAUAGGGUUGGGCUUCUCUUACCAGGCCUUCAACAAGAACUUGUGACUAGGGUGGCCAGGGCCGCUAAGGGCCCCGUUAUCUUGGUCAUCAUGUCUGGUGGCCCGGUUGAUGUUUCGUUUGCUAAAAAUAACCCUAAGAUUAGUGCCAUUUUGUGGGUUGGUUAUCCUGGUCAAGCUGGGGGAACUGCCAUUGCUGAUGUGAUCUUUGGUGCAACCAACCCAGGAGGAAGGUUACCCAUGACAUGGUACCCACAAGGGUAUUUGGCUAAAGUGCCGAUGACAAACAUGGACAUGCGUCCAAACCCAGCAACAGGAUACCCAGGAAGAACCUACAGAUUCUACAAAGGACCAGUGGUGUUCCCAUUUGGACAUGGACUAAGUUACUCAAGAUUCAGCCAAAGCUUGGCACUUGCUCCAAAACAGGUCUCGGUGCAAAUACUGAGCCUCCAAGCCUUGACAAACUCAACCCUCUCAAGCAAAGCAGUGAAGGUGAGCCAUGCCAAUUGUGACGACUCAUUGGAGACGGAAUUCCACGUUGACGUGAAAAACGAAGGCUCAAUGGAUGGAACCCACACCCUUCUCAUAUUCUCGAAACCACCCCCGGGAAAAUGGUCACAAAUUAAACAGUUGGUGACCUUCCACAAGACCCAUGUUCCUGCUGGCUCCAAGCAACGACUUAAGGUUAAUGUUCAUUCCUGCAAACACUUGUCCGUUGUGGACCAGUUUGGGGUUCGAAGAAUCCCAACCGGUGAACAUGAACUCCACAUUGGUGAUCUCAAACAUUCAAUUAAUGUCCAAACUACGCAUUGAAUCAAGCACUAAAAGAUGAUUAAUUUAACUGUCAAGAAAAUUUGACAGAUACAACUGAAAGUUUUGCAAAUGGCAAAAAACAUAUGGAGAAUAAAGAAAAAAAAAAAAAAAAAACAGAAAGUGUUGUCUCUCCCUGCAAAUGUAAAAAUAAGGAUACAUAUGUAUAGGUGGCAAUUGUAAUUUGUAAACCAACAAUCAUAGUGGCAAAGUGUAUUAUUGAUACUUCAUAUGUUGAAAAAAGGGUUUUAAUUUUAAUCAAAGUUGAAGUUCUUAUUUCUUUCUCA